GGCGGGGGGAAAAUGCAGUUCCAUUAGGUUUGCGGGAUCGAGACCUACUUGGUACAUAUUCAGACCCGGCCCCGGGAUGUCCUCGUCUACCGCACUUUUCGGACGAGUCCCGUGUCCUUGUCUCCGCCGCAUCUCGGCCAGCCUCCUCAAAAUGCAGCUUGCCGGAUUGGUCCUGGCUCUCGCCGGCCUGGCGGCGGGCGAGUCCCUCAAAAAACUUGACACCAGCCUGACCAUCCUGACCAAGAAUGAUCUCCUGGGGGCUUCCAGCCCUGACGCGGAUACCGCCGUGAUUCUCACCGACGCCCGCCCAUAUCAGCAUGUCUCUGACGUGUGCCACAAGCUGGGCGAGCAGCUGUGGCGACCCGGGAAGGGCACUGGCAAGAAGAACGAAAGAGACGCUGCAGCUCUGCCGUUUGCAGAGUACCUGAAAUAUGACGGUAUGGCUGAUGCGUCAUCCAAGUUCUGGGUCGGUGGUUCCGGUUUCGCGGCCGUAGACCUCGCCGGCCGUCAUCAGACCGCGGACUCGGUCUCGCACUUGCGGCUCCCGGGAUUGUGCGCAAACACGGCACCAUUUUCGAACCAGAGCGCGCAGGACACGAGCUCCAGGUGGCAGAUCAGCCUAGAGGUCAACAACCAGACUCUUACUGGGUUUCGCGACCGCCUCUCUUUCCGCUUUCUCGGUAUCCGCUAUGCCCCGCAGCCGCAGCGGUUCACCUAUUCUACCCUGUUCAAGGGGUCUGGCGAGGCGGCGUCUGCGCUCUCGUACGGCUCGCAGUGUAUCCAAUCGGGCGGCGGCAGCGAGGACUGUUUGUUCCUGAACAUCUGGACCCCCUACCUUCCCAAUCCCAACACUGCGCCCCAGAAGAAGAAGCUCCGUCCCGUCGGCGUGUGGAUUCACGGAGGCGCCUUCACCGGCGGCACCGCCAACGACCCCACUUUUGACGGUGCCAACAUGGUAUCCAGAGGCGACAUGGUGUUGGUGGCCAUCAACUAUCGGCUCUUGGCUUUCGGUUUCCUCGCCCUCAAGGACGGCAAGUCGAACGGAAACUACGGCCUGGCCGACCAGAUCACCGCCCUGGACUGGGUGCGCAACAACAUCCAUCACUUUGGCGGAGACAAGGACCGCAUCACCGUCUUUGGUCAGUCGGCGGGCGCUGGCUCGGUACGGGCGCUGAUAGCCUCGCCCGAGGCCGCCGGCAAGUUCUCGGGCGCCAUCAUGCUGUCCAAUCUCGGUGGUAUCAACUACGGGACCACGUACUCUCAGUACUACACCAUCGACGAAGAAGUCGAUGUCGCCGCUAAGCCUAUCCUCUCCGCGACCAACUGCGCCAAUGCCGCCUCUCAGGUUGACUGCCUCCGCGCCGUCCCGGCAUCUACCCUCGCCACGUUCGGCGAUGCCCGCUACCUCGUCGUCGAUGGCACCUAUCUCAAGUCCCGCUCCCUUCCGGUGACCGGGCCCCGGCUCCCUAUCAAGCUGAUGAUGGGCAUCACCCGCGACGACGGCGCGCCCUUCAUCUCGUUCCCCACGACGACUAACGAAUCAGCCUACCUCGACUCGGUCGGCCUGCCACUCCCCUCCCCGAGGCUCUUCCCGAUUACCCCGACGGGCAACGCCACCCUCGAUCUCUACACGACGGCGUCUCGGAUCGCGACCGACGGCAUCUUUCGAUGCAUAGACCAAGCGACGGCCUCUUCCCUCCUCACCCACGGCCGGCUCGACCACAUCUACUUCUACGAGUUUGACCGGACCUACCAGACGCAGGGCUGGCCGGGCAUCGACGUGUGCGAGCCGCCCCGCACGCCCUCCCACCCGGCCGGCGACCCGUCUAAGCCGUACCUGCGCUGCCACUCGGGAGAGUUGUACUACGUCUUUGGAAACCUGCACCGGCAGGGUCUGCCGAUGCGGGACGAUGGCGACUUGGCGUUUGAGCAGAGCGUCUUGGACAGUUUUGCGUCGUUCAUCCGGACGGGGGACCCGAAUCCGGACGACGCCUGGUUGAAGGCCAGGGGCUACCAGCAGCAGCAACAACAACAACAACAACAACAAGGGCGGAAGAGAGAUCGGUGGGAGCCGAGCACCAAGCGGGGCGGGUUGAAGUUGAGAUUACUGGAUUGGCCUGCUUCAAGGAUGAGCGGGUUCCGCGAGGAGAAGCAGUGCGAGAGUCUCGGCUUGGGGCUGGGCUUUUACGAGGGAAAAUAAGACAGCUAGAUCAACGGUGAAGGGGUGCCGUGUCCACCAGGGUAAAUAAACGAUAAUAAUAACUUGGCAGUGGGCGUUAAGCCUACGACACAGUGCCUUGAAAUAUGAUGUUCUGACAUAUGUCCAUUGCUCUUCUUCCGGGUUCAUCUCGCUGGAGGAUAGCUCGGACUGGCUACCCCAGCGUGUCACGGUAUGGUGCAUGCAUGCAGAGAGCAUCUCCCACACGAAAGCUCUGGUCAAAAGACCCAACGGAUCCCACAGCCGGUUCUCGAUUGUCGUGUACAGACAUUGUUGCCGCCAACAACUACACCACAGCCCCGUUAGUGCACAAAGUUAGGUAUCAAAAGUAGAAGCCGAGUCCGAAAAAAAAAACGCCCAAAUAACCUCCCACAAUCGACUGAGAGCCAGCCCAUACAUACCUUU